AGCGGCACCCCCUAGCUUGGCUGGGCACUCCUUUCCCUUGCCUUCCCUUCCCUCUGCUCUCAACACUCCACUCCGCAUACAGACAAGGUGGCUCACUCCACUUCUCGCACAGCUUCCAACAAUUCCAUUCCCAACUCCACCUUUUCUCCGCCUACUUCCCCUUCCACCGCUCCCAAACCAUUUGAAAUCACACCAAAAACCCCAGCUAGACAGAGACCUCCGCUCCCCACUUCCCCCAAAAUCCACCCCGCAUAGAUCCCCUCAUUUCUUGAUCCUAUCUUGCAGGGCGGGUUGCCUUGCUUCGGUUUCUUGGUCGCCGGCCAGAUUCGGGAUCCGCCUGGAGGUUUGAUACGGAGGACGAGGUGCUCUUGUUCUCCCUUGAAUCUUGGUUCUCGAUCGGUUCUUGGGUGUUAGGGGUGGUGGUGGCGGCGGCGGGCGGUUUCUGGCAUGGGGUUGUUGCUCUGGGGCAUUUCCUCGAGCGGGUGGUGGGCGGCGGCCUAAGAUGCAAGGGUUGGCCCGGGGGAGGCGGCACCGGGUGGGGGAGCGCUUCUUGCCGUGCGGCGUCUGCCUGCUCAUGCUGCUGGGCGGCCGGAGCCCUCGGCGACGGGCAUUGGGGUGCGCUGUUCCGGUAGGGUGGUGAGGGGAGGAGCUGGCCAUGGGCAACAGCACGUCCAGGGUCGUCGGCUGCUUCGCGCCGGCCGACAAGGCCGGCGUCAACCUGGAGUUCCUCGAGCCGCUCGACGAAGGGCUUGGCCACUCCUUCUGCUAUGUCCGCCCGGGGGCGAUUGUCGAUUCGCCGGCGAUCACGCCCUCCAACUCCGAGAGGUACACACUGGAUUCCAGCGUGAUGGACUCGGAGACCCGCAGCGGGUCCUUCCGGCAGGAGGCCGUCGAGGACCUCACAGCGGCCGGGCUGCAGCGGCCGGGCAGGAGCUUCUCCGAGACCACCUUCCGGGCGAUAUCAGGGGCCUCAGUUAGUGCUAACGCGUCCUCUGCCCGGACAGGCAACUUGUGUGUCUCCCUUGCUGGUGAUGUGCAGGAGCCUGCAGCUGCAUUCGAAAGCACCGCCUCCUUCGCAGCUGUGCCGUUGCAGCCUGUGCCACGAGGUUCAGGGCCGCUCAAUACCUUCUUGUCAGGGCCGCUUGAGAGAGGAUUUGCGUCAGGGCCUCUGGACAAAAGUUCCGGAUUCAUGUCUGGGCCAUUGGAUAAGGGAGCCUUCAUGUCAGGUCCGAUUGAUGCUGGCAACAGAAGCAACUUCUCGGCACCUCUUUCAUAUGGUCGGAGGAAGGCUGGUCUAGGACAUCUUGUACAUAAGAUUAGCAGACCGAUGAAAACUGCAUUGUCGAGAACAUUUAGCAGGAAUUCUCAAGGUCCAGGUUGGGUCCAAAAGUUUCUGUUGCAUCCUAUGGCUCAACUGGCCUGGUCGAGGGACACAAAGUGCAGAUCAGAAGGUUCACAAAAUGGGUUGGAAGCUGGGCUACCCGAACCUGAGUAUAAUGUGACAAGGAACCUGCAGUGGGCUCAUGGAAAGGCAGGGGAAGAUAGGGUUCAUGUUGUUCUAUCAGAAGAGCAAGGAUGGCUGUUUAUUGGAAUUUAUGAUGGUUUCAGUGGCCCUGAUGCACCUGAUUUCCUAAUGAGCAACCUAUACAAGGCCAUUGAUAAAGAACUGGAAGGACUGCUCUGGGUUUAUGAAGAUACUGCUGAAAGGAGUGAUCAUGUAUCUACUCAUGGAGAUGGUGAAUCACUUGCUGCUUCUCUGGACCCUCCUUGUGGUGAUGGCACUCAGUUCCAGAUUGAGAAUAGGAAACAAGAACAACUUGGUAAUUUUGAAAAACAAAUUGUAUCGACUGGGAAGGAUUGUGAUGACAGUGCCUUGAAAGUUCAACCGAACUCUAACAACAGUGAACAGAAAGAUUUGGCUACACAGGUUUCAAGUAGUCAGGAGUUGGGUGCUGAUGAAAUAGUUGAGGAAACUGCUGGAGCUGAUGUGGGAAAUAAUCUCCGGAAUAGAGAAUCUAACAAAUCAAGCACAUGCCUUUCCAGUACAGAUGUAAACACAAGCUGUAGCUGUACAAUGGAGAAUAGUACUUAUUGCAAUCAAGAUGUCAAAUUGUUGAAAGAAAGCAGAAAGAGCAAGCGUCUUUUUGAGCUACUUGAGAUGGAGUUGCUAGAAGAAUAUAAUAGAAGUAUAUCUAAGUUGUCACCAGAGGGAAGUAAACGGCAGAGCUUGCUUAAUAUGCAGGCAGGUACUACAGAAGAAAGCUUCAGAAAUGCAUCAGAGCUCUCUAGGUGUUCGCUGGCAGCAACCGGAGAACUUUUUGACGAUUCUGAAGAUCCUGGAAGUUCAAGACAUGGUGAUAGUGUACCUGGCAUUGAUUCCAAAGAGUGUGGUGAGUGCUCCAUUUCUUCUUCGUCAUCAGGGCACAAACAAAUCACGAGUAAUUUUUUAUUUGGAUCAAAGCUGAGGAAGAUGUACAGAAAGCAAAAAUUGUUGCAGAAGAAGUUUUUCCCUUGGAACUAUGAUUGGCAUAGAGAUCAGCCUCAUAUAGAGGAAAGUGUCAUUAAACCUUCAGAAGUCACUAGGAAAUGCAAGUCAGGACCAGUAGAGCAUGACGCUGUAUUGAGGGCAAUGUCACGGGCCCUUGAAACAACAGAGGAAGCAUACAUGGAAAUUGUGGAAAAGGAGCUUGAUAGACAUCCGGAGCUUGCAUUGAUGGGUUCAUGUGUCCUUGUAAUGUUGAUGAAAGACCAGGAUGUAUAUGUUAUGAAUCUUGGGGAUAGCCGAGUUAUCUUGGCACAGGACAAUGAUCAGUACAACAGCUCAAGCUUCUCAAAGGGAGAUUUACGAUAUCGAAACAGGUCAAGGGAGUCACUUGUCCGUGUAGAACUUGAUAGGAUAUCUGAAGAGUCCCCGAUGCAUAAUCCUAACAGCCACCUAAGCAGCAAUACAAAAACUAAGGAACUCUCUAUAUGCAGAUUAAAAACGAGAGCAGUGCAAUUGUCAACUGAUCAUAGCACAAGUAUUGAAGAGGAAGUCUUGAGGAUUAAAGCAGAACAUCCUGAUGAUCCUCAAGCUGUAUUUAAUGAUAGAGUGAAAGGACAGUUGAAGGUUACUAGAGCAUUUGGUGCAGGCUUUCUGAAGAAGCCAAAAUUUAAUGAAACACUACUGGAGAUGUUUCGCAUCGACUAUGUUGGAACAUCACCAUAUAUCAGCUGCAACCCUGCUGUACUUCACCAUCGUCUCUGUUCAAAUGAUCGGUUUCUUGUCCUGUCCUCAGAUGGAUUAUAUCAAUAUUUCAGCAAUGACGAGGUAGUUUCGCAUGUUUCAUGGUUUAUGGAAAAUGUACCAGAGGGAGACCCUGCACAAUACCUUGUUGCUGAACUUCUUUGUCGUGCAGCCAAAAAGAAUGGGAUGGAUUUUCAUGAGUUACUGGAUAUCCCCCAUGGCGAUCGCCGGAAAUACCAUGAUGAUGUUUCUGUUAUGGUAAUCUCACUUGAAGGCCGAAUUUGGCGAUCUUCUGGUUGAAUGUCGAGACGUGACCUGGUCUGUUCCUUGCAGCCUCAUUUAGUGUAGUAAAUUCUCAAUCAGGAAAGGCAUAAUUGUUUAGCUCUGUCUCUAGUUUUUCAACUAUGUUCAAAUUUUCAUCUGCCAAUCCGUGUGCGUUUUCUGUCUUCAACAUUUUGGAUUUGCAGUGCAUGCUUGGCCAGUCCAAAUUGAGGUAUACAGCUUUUGUCUUUUCUUAUUAGGAAAAAGGUUCUUCUCGGGCAGAUUCCUUUUCCCAGUGUCCUUAUUUAGUUUUCUUUUCAUUUUGUGUUGUGGCUGGCAUUUGUGUUGUUCUGUUGAGUUAUUUUCCUUUGCUAAAAGGAAGAUUAUUUUCUUGGAUGGGGUGCGGGCUUGCGUAGGGUUCUAGAUCGAUGUGAAACAAAUAUGCACUAGAACUGAACACUGGUAGGUUUUACAGCAUAAUUAUUUUUUGUAAUAGAUUAUUUUGGGGCAUAGAGUUUGUAUUGAAGAGCAGCCUGUGACAGUCAUUUGUACUGUCCUACUUUGGCUAUUUGAUCUGUAACCAGGCUCUGUUGUACCAAGUAAGGUUUGUGUUGUAGAUGCUGAGUGUAGGAUUGAAAGCGUACCAAGGACACCAGGUAGUUUACUGACUUCAUAAUUUGUCGCCUCACCACUCAGGAGGUUGUUCGGUUGAUCAUAUCCUGAUUAUCUUGCCUUUUAUGUUUA